AAACAUCUAAUAUAUUGGAACAAAGGGAGUACUUCGUUGGUACUAAUUUCAAAAUUAUAAAGUCAGGGUAACAACAAAACAACCUUGUUUGGAUCAAUUAGGUUGUACUAGCGAACUAGGAUUCGUAAUCUAAUGAUAAAGGCUCAAUGAUGUGAUAUUUUAAUUUUAAUUAUUAACAUUAAUAUUUUGUUACUUAAGUAGCUUGGGAUCACUUGCUCUUCCUCUCUGGCCAUUUUUUGUGACAACAUUGGAGCCACUUAUAUAUCUUAGCGUGAAUCUCGUUAUGCACUCUCGAAUGAAGCAUAUAGCCAUCGACUUGCAUUUCGUUCGAGAUUUGGUUGAUAAACUUGUGCUUCAUGUUUCUCACAUUGCAUCUCAAGAUCAACUUGCUGAUGGUCUAACCAAGUCCCUCUCCUCCAUCAGAUUCUGCAGGUUACGGUCCAAGAUCGGCAUUGUUGAUGGCACUGCCGUCUUGCGGAGGCGCAUUAAGGGAAAUAAAUCUUCUCCCUAAUUUCUAAAUUCUGCAGUUGUAAUUGUGUAUAUAUUAUAUAUAUUGUUUCCUAAUUAGACUAGAUGUAGUAGUUGUAUUCCUCUAUAAAUUGUAAUGUUCUUGUUCAGUAUUAUUAAUCAAUGAAGAAGUCUUUC